AUGGGACAUUGGAUUAUGACUUGUGUGGCUACAUCAUCCUUUUCACUUAGUAUCAACGGCUCACUCCAUGGUUUCUUCGCUGGAAAAAGAGGCUUGAGGCAAAGGGAUUCUUUAUCCCCGUACCUAUUUACCUUGGUUAUGGAGGUGUUAACACUCACGCUAAGGCGUUGGAUUCGUGAGUCUGCUGAUUUCACCUAUCACCCUAAAUGUGAAGGUUUGGAUAUUGUCAACCUUUGCUUUGCGGAUGGUUUAUUUAUUUUUUUGCAUUCUGAUGUGAAUUCUGCAAACGUGAUCAUGGAGACACAUGAGGAAUUCAAACAUGCAUUAGGUUUGGCUCCUAGUAUUCCUAAGAGAAAAGCUUUCUUCUGUAAUGUUCUUAAUUAUGUUAUGUUGCCUAUCCUUAAUGUGCUACCAUUCGAGGAAGGCUCAUUUCCAGUUAAAUACUUAGGAGUUCCCUUGGUGUCUACUAGACUAGUUAAUAGAGAUUGUUGUGGUUUGAUUGAAAGAGUCAGAAAUCGUUUAUCUAAUUGGAAAAAUAAAUUUUUGUCCUUUGCGGGAAGGCUUCAACUUGUUCAAUCUGCCUCGUCAUCUAUGCAUGUGUACUGGGCUACAAUGUUUAUGUUACCUGACGGGGUGAUUAAGAAAAUCGAACCGGUUUUAAGGAAAUUUCUCUGGCCUCAAGGAUCUUUGCAGAAAGGAAAAUCUAAGGUUGCUUGGGAUGUUGUGUGCUUACCGAAAAAUGAAGGAGGAUUGGGCAUUCAUAGUUUGCAUGAUUUAAAUAUUUCUAUUCUCUCGUCUGCUAAUUACGUCUCUUUCGCCCAGAUGAUUACAAAUGCUGCUAAUACUUUAAAUGCUUGUGUUGGGGAUAUUGUUUCUAAUGAAGCAUGGAGUUGGCCGAAUGAAUGGAGUAAUCAAUUUCUGAAUUUAGCUGCUCUUUCCUUGGUUAAUAAUGUGGCUGAUAAAUGGGUUUGGAAGGAUAGGGAUGGUCGUUUUAUUGAUUUUUUGUGGCAAAUUGUGGGGAGGCUAUUCGGCCAAGGAGUGUGGAAGUUACAUGGUUCUUUGUUGUUUGGUUUCCCUAUUGUUUGGAGUGAUGUGUGUGGAUUUACGGGUAACCAACCAGUCCAUGUUGAUUGGGAGUCAAUACUUGUAGCUAUCAUUUCGGAAUCAAAUAAAAAGACUAUUGAUAUUCUUGUUAUGAAGCUCAUAUUUGCGGCCACUUCUAAUUUUAUUUGGCAGGAAAGAAAUGCAAGACUGUUCAGACAGGAGAAAAGACCGGCUCACAAACUCACUGAAAUCAAAAUUGCUACUGUUCGUAUGAAGCUUAUUUCGAUGAAGUUUAAGAAGAACAACAGAGUUUUGAAGCACUUGGAAACAUGGAAAAGACACUUGGGGAUGUCGAAUUUAGCAUAA